GUGCGCCGGGAGGCCGGGCCAUGCCGGGGCCGCGGGGGGCUGCGGCCGCGCUGCUGGCGCUGCUGGUCCCGCUGGUCCCGCUGGUCCCCCCCGCCGCGGGCGACCCCGGGGCCGCCUGCGAGGUGCCCCCGGGCGACCGCUUCGACUGCGGUCCCGAGCGGCUGCUGUCGCGGGCGGGCUGCGAGGCGCGGGGCUGCUGCUACAGCCCCGGCCCUGACCUCGGCCCCGGCCCGCCCUGGUGCUUCUUCCCCCGCGGCUACCGCAGCUACCGGGCGGAGAACCUGACGGCCACGGCCAGCGGCUACACCGCCCGGCUCCGCCGCGUCGCCGCCAGCUUCCUGCCGCGGGACGUGGGCUGCCUGCGGCUGGACCUGGCGCUGGAGACCCCCACCCGUCUGCGUUUCACGCUGCGGGACCCGGCCCGGCAGCGCUACGAGGUGCCCCUGGCCACGCCGCGGGGGAGCGGCCGGGCCGCCGCCGCGCUCUACGGGCUGCAGGUCAACCCCGACCCCUUCGGCCUCGUCGUCUACCGGCAGAGCGACGGGCAGGUCCUGAUGAACACCACCGUCGCGCCCCUAUUCUUCGCAGACCAGUUCCUGCAGAUCUCCACCUCCUUGCCCUCCCGGUUCAUUUCUGGGCUGGGGGAGCACCUGACACCGCUGAUCCUUGACACGGCAUGGACCAGGGUCACCCUCUGGAAUAGGGACAUGGCACCCGUGCCCCAGGUCAACCUCUAUGGUUCCCACCCUUUCUACCUGGUGAUGGAGGACAGUGGGUCAGCUCACGGCGUCUUUCUGUUGAACAGCAACGCGAUGGAUGUGCUCCUGCAGCCCAGCCCAGCCCUGACCUGGCGCACAACAGGCGGGAUCCUGGACUUUUACAUCUUCCUGGGCCCCGACCCCAAGGGCGUGGUGCGGCAGUACCUGGACGUCAUUGGGUUCCCCUUCAUGCCCCCGUACUGGGGCCUGGGCUUCCACCUCUGCCGCUGGGGCUACUCCUCCACCGACAUCACCCGGCAGGUGGUGGCCAACAUGACAGCAGCCCGCUUCCCCCUGGACGUGCAGUGGAAUGACCUGGAUUAUGCAGAUGCCAAGAGGGAUUUCACUUUCAACAAGAAAACCUUUAAGGACUACCCGGAAAUGGUGCAGGACUUCCACCACCGUGGGCUGAGGUACAUCCUGAUUGUGGAUCCUGGGAUCAGCAGCUCGGGGCCUCCUGGCACCUACAAGCCCUAUGAUGAGGGACUGAAGAGAGGGGUGUUCAUCCGAAAUGUCACAGGGCAGCCCCUGGUCGGGAAGGUGUGGCCGGGCCCAACAGUUUUCCCAGACUUCACCAACCCAGAGACUCAUGAGUGGUGGCAUGACAUGGUCAAGGACUUCCAUGACCAAGUGCCCUUCGAUGGCAUGUGGAUUGACAUGAAUGAGCCAUCAAACUUUGUGGAGGGCUCCCAGGAUGGCUGCCCCACCAACAGCCUGGAGCAGCCCCCCUACGUGCCAGGUGUUUUUGGGGGACGCCUCCAAGCUGGGACCAUCUGUGCCUCCAGCCAGCAGUUCCUGUCCUCCCAUUACAACCUGCACAGCCUGUAUGGGCUGACUGAGGCCAUCGCCUCCCACAAUGCCCUGCUGAGGAUUCGGGGCAAGCGUCCCUUCGUCAUCUCACGCUCCACAUUCUCUGGGCACGGGCGCUACGCAGGGCACUGGACAGGGGAUGUGGGCAGCAACUGGGAGCAGCUGUAUUACUCUGUGCCAGAGAUCCUGCUCUUCAACCUCUUUGGGGUGCCGCUGGUGGGCGCCGACAUCUGCGGCUUCGCAGGCGACACGACGGAGGAGCUGUGUGUGCGCUGGACCCAGCUGGGCGCCUUCUACCCCUUCAUGAGGAACCACAACGACCACGGUGCCCGGCCACAGGAGCCGUAUGCCUUCAGCCCAGCUGCCCAGGCUGCCAUGAGGGACGCCCUCCACCUCCGCUACUCCCUCCUGCCCUUCCUCUACACCCUCUUCCACCGGGCUCACUCUGCUGGGGAGACAGUGGCCCGGCCCCUCUUCCUUGAGUUCCCCAAGGACCGCAACACCUGGACCGUGGACCGCCAGCUCCUGUGGGGCGGGGGGCUGCUUGUCACUCCUGUGCUGGAGGCAGGAAAGACCAAAGUCAUGGGCUACUUCCCAGCAGGGACGUGGUACAGCCUCAUGGGGGAUUCCACCAUCCACAGCAAAGGGCAGUGGAUCCUCUUGCCAGCUCCCCUGGACACCAUUAACGUCCAUGUCCGUGCUGGGCACAUUCUGCCCCUGCAGGAGCCUGCGUUCAGCACUGUCGAGUCCCGCAAGAAGGGCAUGGCCUUGGUCGUGGCACUGACACCCGAUGGCUUUGCCAGGGGAGACCUGUUCUGGGAUGAUGGGGAGAGCUGGCAGACCUUUGAGAAGGGGGACUACACUGAGCUCCUCUUCCUGGCCACACGGGGUGCUGUGCUCAGCCAGCUCCUGCGGGCGAGCGCCCACCUUGACGGGGUCCUGCUGGAGGCUGUGACUGUGCUGGGUGUCACCAGCCCUCCCCGGCAAGUCCUGGCCAAUGGUGCCAUUGUGGAUGACUUCUCUUAUCGCAGCGACACCCAGGUGCUGAGAGUUCCCCUGUCACUGCCAAUGUGGGAGCAGUUUGUGAUCACUUGGUCUUGAGCCCACGCCAGACCUGCCGCUCGGCAGGGGGAGGUGAUGCUGCUCCCCUGGCUCUGGGGCCAAAUUGAUCCCAUCCAUCCCUUGUAAAACUGGAGCUGCUGCUGCUCUUUCCACCCAGUGGGGCUCCUGGGCUUCAGCUUCCCUUCAUGCUAAUGUGAGUUACUUGGAGAUGUGAGCAGUAGACUUGAACUGGGGUGGCUUGCACAACCUCUGGGGAUGGGGAAUCCCCUCCAAAACAGGGAAAAAAAGACCCAAGUGCCUUGAGAGACAGCAAACCUGUCAAUGUGCCAGACCAGUAACCUGUGGAGGGACUGCUGGGAGUCCCUGGCUCUGUUUUUUGCGGGGGAUCCACACAGGGGGUGAGGGAACAGUGCUGUGAAUAAAGUCACUGUUUGCUGGGA